AUUUUCUAAUUAUUCUUCCUUAAGUUCAAGGGUUUCUUCAAUGGGACCUUAGCAUUCAUUUCUCUUUUUUUCAUGGCAAAAAAUAUCAGAGCUUUAAUCUUUCUAAUUCAUGGCAAAUUUUUCCAUUCCUUUUGACUCAUUUUCCAGAACAUUUCUCUGAUUCUUUUUUUGAGGUUCUGGAAAUGGACGACGAGCUCAAUAAAGCGGAGAGUCAUAUCACAUCAGCUGCAGCUUUUGUAGAAGGAGGAAUUCAAGAUGCCUGUGAUGAUGCAUGCAGCAUUUGUCUGGAGGCUUUCUGCGAAAGUGAUCCUUCAACGCUUACAAGCUGCAAGCAUGAGUUUCAUCUCCAGUGCAUCCUAGAAUGGCAUCAGAGAAGUUCUAAUUGCCCAAUGUGUUGGCAGCCCCUAAGUCUGAAAGAUCCUACAAGUCAAGAAUUGCUCGAGGCUGUGGAACAAGAGAGGAAUUUUAGGUUUAAUCAGGCAAGAAAUGCUAGUGUGUUCCGUCGUCCUACUCUGUUUACCACGGGGAUGAGUGAGUCUGAACUCGAAGAGCGCAUUAUUCAGCAUUUGGCUGCUGCUGCAGCAAUGGGAAGGGGACACAACUUUGGUCAACGAGAGGGCUCAAGAAAUCGGUCAUCUUCCCAUGGUCGUCCGCAUUUUUUAGUGUUUUCAACUCAUCAUGAUCCAUCUCCUACUGCUGCUGCUGUUUCAGCUUCCGUUGCUCCUACUGAAUCGGAUUCUCGUCAAGCUAUAGCUGAUCCUUCUGUCCUCCGUGAGACUGCACAAUUUUUGCCUCACCUCUCAUCUAAUCAAAGUAAUCAACUUUCCGCUUCAUCAUCCCGAUAUGUUCGCCCACAAACCGUUAAACAAGAAAUAUCUGUUGGCGAUAGAAGCUCUUCUAGUACAUCUUUGACAGAAAACCAGGAUACAGCAGAACCAUCAGACAUUCAGUCAUUACCGGAAUCCUGGAAAUCUCGAUUUAAUUCAUUAUCAAUGAAAUAUAGAGAAUCCAUUUCAAAGAGUACACAAGGGUGGAAGGAAAGAUUGUUUUCUCGAAGUACUUCUAUGGCAGAUAUUGGUUCCGAUGUUAGGAGAGAGGUUAAUGCUGGAAUAGCUAAUGUAUCUCGCAUGAUGGAACGCCUCGAGACACGAGAAAAUCCAACGGACAAUAACAUACUGGAUCCUUCAAAUACCGAGCAGAGACACAAUGAUAAUAUGGUUGCUCAUAACGGAAGCAGAUUGAACGAAAAUAAUUCUACGACUUUUCCUGCAAGUACAGCUCGGAAUUAAGUCAUUACUUAAUCAGUUGCGUGGCAAUUGUCCUCAGCAUUUCAUCUUUGAAAGUUUUCAGCUCAUCAUCUUCAAAUAUGAUAUGCAAGACGACAACAACAUAAACAAUUACGGCUCAAUCCCAAACAAGGAGACAAUGUACUAUAAUUUCCGCGCUGAAGAUAUGUUGUCUGAUCAAAACAAAGAAAUGAAUAGCCAGAGAAAGAGAAUGUUCUUUUUUUACUAUUUGUAAAAUUGGUUUAUAGUGUGUAAACAUGAGUUGAAUGUUGAACAAUUCACUCAAAUUUGGCUCUAAAAAGUUUGUCUUGGAUUUUCACAUUAUAUACAACUUGAAAAAUUAACAAUA